AACGGUUGCCUAGGUACCGUAAAUGAACGAGUGUGCUUGACGUAAACAAAACUGAUUUGUCAGCGGCUGAGGCUGUAUCUUGGACUUUGAAAUUGUAAUCGGCCGACGAGCAAUUUCACGCGAGAUGACAUCGCUUGAUUUGCGACAGCAAAAGCUGGAACAGCAGAGACAAUUAAUUGCACAAAAGAUGAAACAGAAAAGACAAACUGGUGCUAGCGGAAUGGUGCAAGCAUCUAAUGUAUCCAGUGCACAACUUAGAAGUCAUUCUAAUAGAUGGAUGAAUCCAAACAAGGAACUUCACGCGUAUGAUGGUCCAUUACAAUAUACUAUGUCUCAAGCAAAUGCAGAUGUAGGAUCAUAUGCAGAGAGAAAAACUAGUGAAGGGACAAUCAAUGCACAUAUUAUUAUAUUUCUUACAGCAGUGGUCAAUGAAAGAAGUCUCUAUGAAAGUUUUCAAAAUGUUGAUUGUGCCGACGAGGAAUCAUCACCCAUAGAUUUACAUUCACCUUCAGAAUCUCUAUCACGUUCCUCGCCACUUCGAGUGGCGCCGUCGGAAGGAGCUAAUACUCUUAUUAAUAGAGAUAAUAAUUCUUCUAGUCCAGAAUUGGAAGGAAAUGUUGAAGGUAACAUUGAACAAUUUGUAUUACAACCAGCGAAUAAGAAAAUGUAUUACAAAUGUCGAAUAACGCGCGAUCGCAAAGGAAUGGAUCGUGGUCUUUAUCCAACCUACUUCUUACAUUUAGAACGUGAUUAUGGAAAGAAGAUUUUUCUAUUGGCUGGUAGAAAAAGGAAAAAAAGCACAACGAGUAAUUACUUAAUCUCAACCGAUCCUACAGAUCUUUCAAGAGGAGGAGAGUCUUAUGUAGGUAAACUUCGAUCAAAUCUUUUGGGAACGCAAUUUACAGUUUAUGAUAACGGAUACUCGCUAAUGAAGGAUGACAAACGCGACGAGCGUUUCAAUCCGCGGCAAGAAUUAGCCGCGGUAGUGUACGAUACGAACGUUCUAGGAUUUAAAGGGCCACGUAAAAUGACAGUCAUCAUACCAGGCAUGACGCCCGAUCAAAAGCGAGUGGAGAUAUGCCCGCGGGAUGAAUCAGAAACUUUGCUUGAACGUUGGAAAUCGAAACAUAUGGACAGUUUAAUAGAAUUACAUAAUAAGACUCCUGUAUGGAACGACGAGUCACAAUCCUAUGUGCUUAACUUCCAUGGGCGAGUAACUCAGGCAUCCGUAAAAAAUUUUCAAGUGGUUCAUGACAGUGAUGUGGAAUAUGUUGUGAUGCAAUUUGGACGUGUUGCAGAGGACGUUUUUACAAUGGAUUAUAGAUUUCCCCUUUGUACAGUCCAGGCAUUUGCCAUCGCUCUGAGUAGUUUCGACAGUAAAUUAGCGUGCGAAUAAAGAAGCGCGGCCACAUAUCAUCGAUUCAAUGUAAACAAUCAGUUAAGUAUAUAUACUUGCCCGCACGAGUUACUAUAGCAUUCUAAAGUUAGCUUUCUAAUGGACAAUCAGUAGAUUACCAAUCUAUAGUACCAGUCUAUAGUAUCAAAUGAUACCAGAAUAUGAUCGAACCGUUUUAUAAAAACUCGAUUAUAUGAUUAAACGUGAAAUACGAAUCACUGUAAAUGUGUGUUCACUUUUCAUAUUUCGUGUAGCGAAUCUAUUUCUACAGAAAAUGUAUAAUGUGAAAUGAUUGCUACAUUGUUCGUGAUAUAAAAAUGUUGAAUUUUUCAUAAAUAAUUCGAUAAUGCUGACCAUUACAUUUCAAGUGUUGCAUAUUGUGAUCAUCUUUUUCAUUUUCUCUUUGAAAUUAAUUACCGAAAAAAUUAUUGCUGUUUGUAAAAAUCUAUGUGAAUCUCUUGACCAGUAAUUUAGAAAAUUAACACAGUACACUUUUAUAUUUGACUAAACAUUUGACAUAUUCUCAUGAAUAGUGAUUCAUGCAGGGUGUUUGUAAAUGAUAAGCCAUAAAUAUAUGAUUUUACAGUGCCUUGGUAUGAUGUUUUUGUUGUGCAGUUAAAGAAUUAUAUCAUAUUAUCAAUUGUGUGUGUAUGAUAAGAAAAAAAUUAUGAGAUGACAAAAUUAUUUGCAAAACAUAGAAAAUAUAUGUUUUAAUAUUUCAUUAUCAAUAUUCCAAAAUAUUAAUUACAAAAUUGAAUGAAUAUCAUGAAAAAUUCGUAGCUCUUCUUUUAUAUAAUAUAUAUUUCCAUGAUUAUAUUUUUUAAUUUAUAAUAUAUAAUAUUUAUAUAAUAUUAAUUUAUAAUAUAAUAUAUAAUAUUUAAUAAUAAUCUCUACUAACACACAUAAAUUCGCAGAUUUUAAUAAGAUUGUGUGUAAAAAUCUAUAUACUCACCAUAUGGAGAUGUGCAAUUUUCACCAUUAUUAAGAUUUUUGAACACAUUAUAAGUAUGUAUAAAGCACACAGUGCACUACUAAUCUGAGAUAUAUGUAUAUUGAGCACAUCUUCAAUCUUCAAGUUCUUUCUCUGAUAAAUACAUUCAAUAUUACAAGACCAAAUUGAAAUUUUUUAUUAAUGCUAAAGAUAUCGAAAUUAUAUAUUGAAUAUAUUAUAAUAAUUAUUUAGUUAUUACUUAAAUAUUAUAUAUAAAUUUUAUUUACAAUUUUCAAUUUAUAUUAUGCACUAGUAAUAAUCGAGGAUUAUGUUCUUGAAAUUAAAUUACAGAGCAACAUAGCAUCUUAAAAAAU